UGGGAUGUUGGGUUGUGCUUGGCUCCAAUACAAGAUGGCUGACACUUGUUAGUAGUGUAUUUUCGUUUUAUCGAAUGUGCAUUUUAUAAAAAAUUCAGUGCCUUCAUAUCCACGUAAGGUGCAUGCACGUUUACCUAACUAGUACAGAAGCUGUCUUCCUUUUUUUACCGAAUUGUUCUCUUAUCAUGUAUUAUCAGGAGACAUCAAAAUGUAUCGUGAAAGUGCUAAAGGCAGAAUAAUUACCCGUCACCAGCCAUGUUCAUAUGUGUUCUUUUAUUAUGACAAUUGUGAUAUAAUUCUCGUGGAAUAUAGUGCCAAGGUGAAGUGAUAUCUCGCGUUAUUACGCUUCUAUUUCAUCGCUGGUGUUUCGUAUAAGAUUCGUUACCACUACGAAAUAGAUUAAAUGAAAGGUCAUAGAAUCGCGGUGCAGCGGCGGCAGAGGUGAGAGGAGGAUAGGCGGAGAUCGAAGAAGGGAUGAAUGGAACGGCGGCGUUGCGGCGCAGCGUCGGGGGCGGCGGGGGCGCCACCGGGGGUGGAACCGUUGAACCAGCACCCGUCGCCAUCCUCGUCGUUUAUAAAGACGAGGCCGGAUACGGGAUGAAAGUCUCCGGCGAUAACCCCGUCUACGUUCAGUCGGUGAAGGAAGGCGGUGCAGCCGCGAGAGCUGGCCUUCACGCGGGCGACAAAAUAAUCAAGGUUAACGGGGUGAAUGUAAUGCAGUCCACGCAUACGGAUGUUGUACAACUCAUAAAGUCUUCGACGCAGGUGGUACUGAUGGUGCAACAGAAGUCAGUUGCAACAAGUAGUGCGGUGACGACGGCCACAGGACUACAGGUUGGCGUGACGGGUGGACAACAUCAACGACCAGUCAGUUUAUCAGCCGGCACAACGAUGGUUUCACCCUCGCAACCAGCAACUUCGUUACAUAGGGCAUCGACUGCUCCAGCAGCCGGUGCACAAUGUAAUGCACGUAUUACUGGACCUCAACCUGUUGAUUUUGAGAAAAAGCGGCAGCUGGAAACUCAGCGUGUUCAUACAUUCCAGCUUAUGUUGGAGAAGGAACAAAGUUAUGUUGAUAAGCUUCGUAGCGACCUAGCAAAGGCUAGUACUAGCAGUGGUAAUGUUAAUAUCGUAGCAUUACAAGCAGAACUGGCAGGUGCAGAAAGGAGGGUACGCACCCUACAGGAACAACUAGCUGCAAUAACAACCAAUGAACAGCUUUGCUCAUUGGUAACAAACACCUCAUGUUCCCCGGGUUAUUAUUCACCCUUGAGUGGUAGCAGUGGUGAUGUACCACCGCCUCUACCAUCUCGUAAAUCCUUGUCCAUGCAAAGCCUGUCUCCGCCACCAUUGCCUCCCAGACCUCCGCCUACUACAAAUACGCACAACGUAGCCCAGUUGGAGCUGGAACGUCAUCUGUUGACUCAUGUAAUGCCCUCAACCACCAGUCAUGGCAUACCUAACUCUCUUUCACAGGGUGCAAAUUUGGGUUCUUCAAAUUCACUCAAUAAGCACCAACGAACAAAAUCCAGUCCUGAACAACUGGGAACAACAACCAUUUCUCCAUCAGAAGCUAGUAGACGUUUAAUAGCAUCAGAAUCAAUGAAUGAUCUUUCUCCUCCAAGGCAUGUGAGGCAUAGUGACAUUGAUAUAGACGAAUUGCCUCAUAUCACUCCUCCAGGAACUCCACCUCCGCCAUAUCCAGUUGCAAGUCCAGGGAAUGAUACUUCUAAUUCUACUAUAAAUGAUACAAUGCUAAACGAAAGCAUUCCUGGAUUGCCUACAUUGCAACGACCAAUCAUGUCAAUGGAAGAUGAUGAUAUGAGUGAUCAAGAAGUUGGCCAGUUAGAAGAUCAUGGUCCAUUUAAAUCUUUAUCUCGAUUAUGGGAACACCAUGCACAUCUCGCUGUAUUUAUUAAUUAUGUUUUAUCAAAUAGUGAUCCCUCCAGUCUGUUGUUCUAUUUAGUAACGGAUCUGUACAAAGAAGGCAAUACUAAAGAAAUGAGAAAGUGGGCAUAUGAAAUUCAUUCUAGUUUUUUAGUACCUGGUGCACCUCUUCGUCUGCAUAAUGUAGAGGAAAACGUUGCACAUGAAAUAGAUGAUGUUCUUUUGAAAGAAUCUGAUAAGGAAGAGAUUCUGCGAAAGAUUUUUUGGAAAGCGCGUAUACGCGCAAAAGAGGAAUUGAACGCGCAGCUUACAGAUUUUCAACAAAAAAGAACAGCUGGAUUAGGUACGUUAUUUGGUCCAAGCGAUGCGCAGUUGGAUGAAAGUGCAUCUGACAGGGCACGAGAGACAAAAAUUAUAGAAACGUAUCUUUUACCUAAGAUGGAUCCUUAUUUAGAAGAUAUAGAGAAGGAGAAUGUAGAUUUGCGACAGUUCACUACAGCAGCUGGUUUAGCAACAAUUUUGACAAAAAUUUUUCAAGUGCGGCCAGUAUCACUUGAACGAGUACCUACUUUCGUUGCGAAAGAUAAAACGAAUAUUAAAGUGCGUUUGCUUACGGGAAAGUCAAGAAAAAUGACAAUCAGGGGCCAUCAUUUUGUAGCUCAUCAAUACUUCACUAUUACUUACUGCAAUCAUUGUCAACAUAUCAUUGGCGGAAUUGGACCUCAAGGAUAUUUAUGUAGUGAUUGUUCUCUAAGUGUUCACCGUCAGUGUGUUCGUGUAGUAGAAGAAAGUUGUCCAGGACCAUUGGUUAGAAAAGAAAGAGAUCGUAUAAGCAAAUUGAUGGAACGUAUUAGACCUGAAAGAAAACCUCCAUCAUCACAUCAUCACCACCAUUCUCAAAAUCAUAUGCUUCAUAUUGAUAAAAUCAAAAAGAGCGAGGAGGACACUGGUGCACUGACUGAUGGAGAAAAUGGUACGACCGUGGUGCUUGAGAAAGUAAGCAAAGACAAAGUCGCAAAGAAAACGAAGCUGAAAACGAUCAAGCAAAGAUCCGCGGUGCCCCACAUGUGUAAAGGCUCACUCGCCGGCAAAGUUUGGGAGACAUUUGCUGCUGUGAGAAGAACACGAGAACCGAACGAGAUCAUAGAAACAGCUUUAAUCGUCGGUCUGGAUCGCCUAAAUGUAUCUACGUGUUGUGAGACUUUGAACGACAGUGCAUUCUGUGAUGAAACCGAUUCUUCGAGCAAGCUCGACAGCAGCGUCACGAAAGAAAUUAGUGGUGCAGAGAAACGGACAGGAGAGCAUCGUGGGGGCGGCGUAGCCGGAAACGCGCGUAGUAGCAGCGAAAGAGGACGCAUUUCCGCUUACAGCGGAGUCUCCGAUCACGCCGAUAAUAUGGACAAUCCUUCCUCGCGGGAAGAUAUUUCUGAAAUGGUGCAGCAAAAUAUUUCCAGUAAGCCAAAGACGUCAAACAUAAACAGGUCUGAAAGUUACAAGGAGCGGAUACAUCACAAGCGACAGCUACGAGAAAAGAGGAAGACAAGUGAUCCUAAUCUCUCCAAAACUAAGGCUGGUUUCAGUGACUGUGAACCCGCUGGCACGUUCCCCGGGAACUCGGCGGGCAGUUCGUCGAAUAGUAGUUUGUCGACGAGAAGUCUGGAUAGUCCAAGUACCAGCCUGGAGCAGGUGCACCCAGCUACAUCGGCGGCAAAUACAUCAACCUCGUGGGACAGCGAUGUUGAUGUCGAACCAGAUCCACCUGACUGGAGUCAAGGUGUUGCUGAGGAUGUCCUUUCUAGACUUAGCAACGCCGAGAAGAAACGUCAAGAAGUUAUCAAUGAACUCUUUCACACAGAGCGAUCUCACGUGCGGGCAUUAAGAGUUCUAUCGCAGGUGUUUCAUAAGCCGCUCCUCGAAUCUCAAGUACUUCCGUUAGACCAAAUCCAAUUACUAUUCUCAAAUUUAGACGAAAUGGUAACGAUUCAUUCGCGCUUUAAUCAAGCGAUGAAACGCAAAAAAAAAGAGAAUCCGUGCGUGGGCGACGUUGGCGAACUGCUGCUGGAAAUGUUCGAUGGCGAAAACGGAGAGUCAUUCGAGAGAGCAGCGUCGACGUAUUGCGCGAAACAGCAGGUAGCCCUGGAUGCGUUGCGAGAUCGUCGUCGCAAGGAUCCGAAAUUAAAUUCAUUUCUGAAUGAGAUUGAAGCAAAUCCCCUGUGUCGGAGGUUGCAGCUCAAAGAUCACAUCCUUACCGGGAUGCUUCGAUUGACCAAGUAUCCCCUUCUCUUUGAAAAUCUGGCCAAAUAUACGCCGGAGAGUAACGAUAAAGAGAGGACCGCCGUUUUACGAAGUCUCGAGCGAAGCAAAGAGAUUCUCAGCCGCGUGAACCAGGCUGUACGGGAGGCUGAAGAUUACCACAGGCUGGCAGAGAUCCAACGCACCAUUGAUAGAACCGCAUUCGACAAAUUCGACCAUCCGACCGUUCAGGAAUUCAAGAAUCUGGACAUCACGAAACGCAAGCUGAUCUAUGAGGGUCCGCUACAGUGGCGCAGAACCGAGCAAAAUCGAGCAAAACCCGUUGAUUUGCACGUUGUGCUGCUCGACGACACGAUAUUCUUGCUGCAUCGACAAGACGAAAAGUACCUGCUGAAAUUUAUUAACACGAAUCAAGCGAACUCUGUGUUGAGUCCGAUUGUGAAGGUGUCUACCGUUCUGGUCAGGCACAAUGCAGUCGACAAAAAUUCUCUUUAUCUGGUCAACACCUCCCAAAACGGAGCACAAAUCUAUGAUUUAGUGGCAGCCUCGCCUGCGGAACGGAAAUUGUGGUGUAAGCAUAUAUCCGAGGCAGCUGAAGCGUACAAGGCUCGUGACAAACAAGGUAGAAGACCUACGCCGCCAACCACACUGCCAGAAGAACCUGGACCUAUGACCGAGGACAUAUCUUCCACGGAACAUGACAAUAUUCUUGACAAAACGGAUCAACAACCGGAACAGGAAGUGGAAACGAAAGAUUCCACGUCAAAUACUAGCGUGGAGCAGGAAACUGAAGCACCUAAUACUCCUGGGCCUGAGCCGUCCACUUCUGAACAAACGAAACAACAACAACAACCACCACCAUCAACUGAACCUUCUGCAACAGGUAUAGGAGAACCAUUACGAAUGGUUACUUGCACGCAAGUAUCAUUAAUAGACCCACUGGAAGUUCAUGUAGAAGUACCACCUGUACAUGUUGCUGAACCAGUGUUCACACCUAUAGAAUGCCUCAGAAGAAAAGAUGAGAUAAUUAAGCAAGCUUUAAUCGAGAAACAGUUAUUGGUGGCAGAUAUUUUGAAUAUUCCAAAAGAAGAUUAUGAACAUGUUGCAGACAUGGCAUCUGAGCCAUCGAGCAUGGAAAAAGAACCUGCUGAACUUAUUCUCGCUGCUAUUAGUCAAGCGAAUCAAUUGGUAGGAAUGCUAAAUUCCGCCUUAAAUGUAAGCGAAACGGAAACGGUUCUUGCGUCACGAGGAACAUCAUCAUUAACAGCAUCGCCUAGUUGUGAAGCGACUGGUUGUCCAUCGCCUCGAUUACAUUUUCAUUCUCAGCAACCAGCGAUACCAAUUGCGAGCCUGCAACCAGUGUGUCACUCUUUAACGUCUCAGUUGUCCCAAUUAUUGGAAAUUGUAAAAGAAAGAGAAGAAGAACGGGAAACAUUGAGAAAAGAAUUACGUAGAAGUAGAGAACGACUUCAUGCUCUUGAUGCAGAUAUUAAACGUCGCGAUUUUUCUGAAACAUGCAGUACAUCAUGUCAAACACAAACGGAAUCCGGUGAAAUUUUAAAUAAAGAAAGCAGUAUUGAUGAUACAACUCGUGAUGAAUUUGCAGAUGCACGCGGUGAAUCUGAAACAAACGAAGAAUCGGAGCAUACAGAACACGAAAUAGAAACGGAAGUAAUGGGAGAUAGCGUUGGUUGAAGCAACUAAGACAUUGUAUUAGAUAAUGUCAACCAGGUGCAUUUCAUGAGCAAGAUCGUUUCUGAAUGCUCAUACUGGAAGAAAUCAAAAUUAUGUAAAAAAAAAAAAAAACAUGACAAAUGGCGAGUAGCUGUUUAUGAAAUACAAUAAUAUUAGAAUCAUA